AUGCCGCCGCCUUCGCUCCUUCAGCUAUGUACAGCGACUGCUGUUAAGAACGUGAAAUAUUUAAAUGAUAUUGGAAAUGUUCCGUAUAUCCUUGCGCGCCCUUUUCUCUUGAAGAUCGAAAGUCCUGAGAAACUCAGAACUCUAGAACUGCAAUCCCCCCAUAUUAUAGACGAAGAUCAAGAGCUCUGGCUCGAGUUUAUAAAGCGAGAUAUACCUAGAUGGGACGAGUAUGAUAUACCGGAACAAUCCGAUUGUUGGUAUGACGUAUAUUGCGAGCUUCGAGAACGUGUGCAGAGGGAAGUGGAUGAAGAUGCCGAGAAACUGAAGCUGGCCCUGGACGGGAUCAGUUCAGAGCGUGCCAAAAACAGUGUUAACUUUGUCCCUGACCGACGCGAUAUUCGCUUACCCCGAGAAAGACCGACGGCGAAGCAACGGUAUGCUUCUUAUGACCGAAAAAUGGGGGGGAUCAAACCUAUGUUUACAUCUACGAAGAAUACUUUCGGCUCGUCAGACACACUAGGAUCAGCCCUCUGGUCCUUGGAGCGACCGCCGCCUCCACCCAAGAAGAAAAGCAGUAUAUUCACUGCUCCGAAACGGAACAAUGCCCUGGCCGUGCCCACAAAACACUUGAAUAAUAGAGCCACACAAGUCAGACAAGCCCCUCGUUCCUUGAUUGAGGAGCACAGACGGCCGCCAGAACCCGUCAUUUCUCGGCGGACUAACCCUCCUGCAUUGAGAGCACCCGGGCGGUCUAACCUUCAGAGUAUACCCGAACGGAGAAGUCAGAGUCCUAUGGUAUCUACGUCCUUGCGGGAUAGGGAAGCAAGGCUACGAGCUAUUGCCUCUGGGCAACGAACGGGUUCUAAUACCCCCAGUUCCCCUGCCUCUUCGCAAUUGCCUCCUGCUGCGAGCUCAAGGUCAAGGAAUACCCAGACACCCACCUCAAAUAGUCGCAAUGAGCUUUCAUCUGUAGAAUUUAGCUCACUGCCACGCUCGCACACAACUGAAAGACACCGAUCUGCUGAAAUGGAGCUCAGUACUGCUUCCGAUGGGCCCAGAGGUUCCCCAGCACAAGCUCCUCGGCCUGCAAUGAUUCGAAAACGGCCUCCUCCAAAUGUCUUCAUGCAACCCAAAAAGAGAAAAGUCAACUAA